AUGACCAUUUUACUUUCUUGGAAUUCUGAUGGCAAUGGAUUUGUUGUAUGGUCACCUGUAGAGUUUUCUGAGCUAGUGUUGCCUAGAUAUUUCAUGCACAAAAACUUCUCUAGCUUCAUUCUACAGUUAAAUACCUAUGUCAGUCUCACUUUUCCCUCUCUAAUUUCCUUGACCAUUAUAGGUAGCAAGCGUGUUUUAAGGGGAUUCAAGAAAACUGCAUCGAAAAAAGGGGAAUUCCAGCAUCUGCUUGUGGAGAUCACUCGGAAGAAGUGCAAGCCCAGCACAUUUCCGGCAUAUCUAAAAGCAUCCCAUGAAAAUAGUGGACUGAUAUUACUCAUGGAGGAGAACAAGAACCUGAGAGGAGAGAUUGGAACUGCAAAUGCAGACAUCCCAUUUCAAGACACAGCAAAUUAA